AUGGAUUCCCGCGUCAGAAUGGAAAAGUACGUGAUAGAAUGAUUUAUAUCGUUCCCUAUUUCUCAAUUUAUAUGUCACGUCUCAUCUUUCUUUCAGCCGGCUUAUUUGAUUGUUUUGACGAUACCAACAUUUGUAUUUCUGGUCUUUUUUGUCCAUGUUAUUUGUUUGGUCAAAAUGUUGAGCAAACCGGUGGUAUAACAUAUCGAUGUCCUUGCUUCUUGUAUGCAUGGAACUCAAUGCUCCUAAACUGUGGGUACAUACACAAGCGACAACGAUCUAAUAUACGAGAUAUUUAUGGUCUCCCGGGAGGAUGUGGUGAUUGUCUUACAACAUGCUUUUGCUCCCCAUGCGCUGUGUGUCAGGAAGCAAGAGAAUUAAAAAUACGAGGUUUGUAGCGCUUUGGAUCGCUAUAGGUCCAGAUAUUUCUCCCCAACUUCCAACCAACUCGAUGCUUCCGAAUAAAAAUUGAGAGACAGGUAUUUCUGACACUCGAAGCUCAGAAUAUAAUGGUCUAAAAUGCUUUCCACGAUAUUGAAUAAAUAUUAUAAAUAUAUAUUUGGCCUGUAAUGCGAGAGCUUGUAGUAUUUCAAAACAGCAACUUGAUCAGAAAUUAAGGGCAAAACCUUUUAAGCACUUAUAUCCCUACAAAUAUUCAGAUA